GCAACACUCUUCCUCUGCACAAGUUUUGAUAAAUCUUCCCCCAAUAUGAAAGAUGACAAAACGAGAAUGUGUGUUUGUUAUAAAUUUCAAAUAUUUAAGGAUCACUUUGUAAUCUUUUAUAAUUUUUUUUUUAACAGAAUGUCACAGCAGGAAUCCUCUCCUAGUGGGAAAGAUCUGAAAGCGCUCCUCAAAUGGCACCGCACAGAAAUCGCUGUGGCUAUUACUGACCUCUUCCCGCUGUUACAUGGUAUGAUGGACAGAAAUCUUGUAUCUGAAGAUAAAUUUCAGGAGACUCAGCGUGCUGGGGAAGGAAUAGGAGCACAGAAAGCUUCUCAUGCUCUUCUCACUUGGCUUCUGACUCGUGAUAUGCACUAUAUCCGCAGCUUUUGGUCCCUCCUGUCCACAGAGUAUAUUUUAAAGAGUUACCCCCGUUUAUCAGGAAUUCACAAAACUCUUCAGACGGCUUCAGAAGGAUUGUCUCAUCGCAAAGCUCGGCGCACUUCUUCUGCCAGUAAACAUCAGGAUUAUCAAAAGCUGCACACAAAAAGAAAAGCUGGAGGAGAGAAGGACUCAGGAGGCACUGCACAACUUUUUGGUCCUCCACCAAAAACAAAACCACCUCGUAAAACAGAGAAACAGGAAAAACUGGGGUCCUCACACUCUCCACAAAAAGUCCCAAGCUCUGUGGAUGAUACUGAGGGAAAAAGUGCAGUCUUCCCUAUAAGCAAAGCUGUGACGACUGAUAAGAAGACUAACACAGAGAAGUCCAAACCAAAAGAGACAGAGCUGGAAAGUGCAGAGCGAAACCGGAAUCAACCCCUGAAAUUGACUCUCCGUCCAAAAUUAUCCAUCAUUCAUAGCGGCCUUGCAACUCCGACUCUCUCUGCUCCAGAGCCGGCAAAUCAUCAGAAUAAUGACGAUGAGUGCUCAGUGUGUCGGGAUGGAGGGGAGUUAUUAUGCUGUGACGGUUGUCCUCGCUCUUUUCACCUAUCAUGCCUUGUGCCCCCACUCGCUGAUAUCCCAAGUUUUAUUUCCCCCUAUGGUCUCUUUAGUGGAACAUGGAGAUGUGGCUCUUGCAAGAAAGAUAGAUCACCGGUGGAUGAACAUAAAGACCACACUGAUAGUGGUGCUACAAUGCUAACGGAGUCUACGGAGAUCUCCUCUAAGGAAAGCAGCAUUGACAGCCAUGUUCCCCCAGAGAAUGGUGGGUCAUGCAGUGUAAUACAGAACACACAGCUCUGCUCUGAACAGCACCAUAUAUACAACCAGCCUAAGAUGUGUCCUACACCCCAAACUUACUCCCAGCUACAGACAAACAGCUCCCAUCAGCCCCUGCCUAAACCCCAGAAUGGUCCUUAUCCUGUACCACACCCAUGUCCCUCUCAAACCCCUUUGCAACAAAUUUGCCCACAGCUUCCUUCAAGGCCGCAGUUUAGGAACUCCCAAAACAUUCACACUCAUGCACAUCCAUCCCAUAUUCAAAGCUACAAUGCAGCAAUGCCUCCAAUUCUUCUUCCAAACAAUAUACAGUCCCAGUUACAUCAGGCUGAGGGCAGCCUAACACAAGAAGCCUGUCAUGGGGUCAGUAGUGUAAAUCAGAUUGAGAGGCUUCCAACCUCAGCACCUAGACCAGAUCCAUGCCCUCCAUUUAUACCACCUCGAGGAGAUAUGGUGCCAGGCGCUGGAGUAUUGCAAACAGAAGUGACUGAGCCUAAGGGUGUGACUGAAACUAUUGGCAGCAACCUGACGUUGAGCCGACAUGAACUGGAAUGUCUUAUUUCUGAGAGUUCAUUUGAUUGCUUCUUACAGUGGGCUUUCCAGAAUAUGACUCGACCAUUGACCUAAUUUGACAGACCCUCGGCUCCAGCUUUGAUCACAGCCUUCUCUUAGAAGUUCAGUUUGUCUUACUCUAUGUUAAAUAUACAGUCUUCAAACAAAACACUUCAAGUCAAGCAAGAAAUGAGGCCACCAUGUCAGAAAAAUCAGUUUGGCGCUUAUACAGAUCCGUGCUGUAGUGGGGUUCAUUCUAACAUUAUCGGUCUAAUACAUGAAAAACUAUGCUUUUGUGGCAUAUACUCUUUAUAUAAGACUCAACCAUAUUUUCCAACUUUUAAAUUGCCAAAAUCUGAACAUAUAAGAGCCCAGGGAUGACCCUAUGCCACCCAGGACUACCCAUAAAGUAGCCGCUUUUUGGCUGGGUUUGCAUAAAUAUCAUACAUAUUGCAAUCUGGUUUUGGGAUUGCCCCACUAAAAUUUGGACUGUUUGCAAGUAUGUCAAAUAUGAAUGUCCUUGCCAUUGCACGAACAACAUGUGCACAAACAUUUGCCAAUACAAAUACAACAUAGUCAGGGUAAUUCUUCAUUAUUAUUGGUUUGUUUUGUACAUGGCUAAUAAAGGCCCCAUAGAAUCGUAGAAUCCCCAUUGAAGUUAAUGUCCAGUAAAUAUUGCAGAAUUUCUGAGCAGAAUUUUCUGGCAAAAUUCUGCACAGAAAUUCCUCUGUGUGGACAUAUAAACACAGAAAUUAUGAGUGUACACUUAAACACCAAGUGAAAAAGGUAAAAAAUAAUAAUAAAUGUCCCGAAAAUAGAAAAGUGCUGUUUAAAAUGAGCACUGUCAAGCUGACACCUGAUAAUGGUCACUGACUAGUUAGUGUGUCUCCAUAUCACACUGAGGUAGGGCAUAUAUUUAAUUUGCAAUCUCCAUUAGUGCUACAAAGCUAUCACAGUUGUUACAAUGGAGCUAGAAUAAUGUAGUCACAAUUAUGCAAAGCAAAUAAAAUAUUCCCCUUCUUUAGCUAUUCUUUUUGUUGCAUGGUGGGAGGAAUUAUUUUUGUUUGAUUCACUU